UUCUCAUUAAAUAAUCCUAUCAAUACUAAGAUUAUAGAUUCUAUGCUGUCGAAUUUUUGCUUUCCAAAUUGGAAAUUUCUUAUUAAUCAACUCACUCUAACUCGGGUGAAUUCACAAGGGAAAAACCUGUUCAGAAUUUUUAAAACUUAGUGCUAAUUACGCUAAUGUACUCGACAAUGAUUGCUUGGAUGAUGGAAGAAGAAUUAUAAAUAUAUAGAAAAAAUUAUAAUUAAAGGAAGAAAAUAAUGUGAGAGCAAGAAAAAGAAGAGCUAAAGCACUUUGAUAGGACCCAUAGCUUGUCCCCUCAUUAGCCCCAUUGAUGUGAUCUUCAUUUUUCUCUCUUCUGCAAAUUUUUUUUUCUCUUUUCUUCUCAAGAUUCUUUCCUUCUUUUCUGUCUAGAAAGAUAAUAUUGGAGAAAAAGAAAACUUCAUUAGACAAUUAUGACGUCAAUCAACAAAGGAAAAGGAAUAGCAGAAGGGUCUUCAAGAUCCACAGCUGUUGCUGUUGCUGCUGCUGCUGAUCAGCAAAAUCCGCCUCCGUUAAGCAGGUAUGAGUCACAGAAGAGAAGGGAUUGGAACACUUUUGGACAGUACUUAAGGAACCAAAGGCCACCAGUUGCUCUUUAUCAGUGUAACGGGAAUCAUGUGCUUGAUUUCCUUCGUUACCUUGAUCAAUUUGGCAAGACCAAGGUGCACUUACAAGGUUGCGUAUUCUUCGGCCAACCUGAGCCACCAGGACCUUGUACAUGCCCUCUUAGACAAGCUUGGGGUAGCCUUGAUGCUCUCAUCGGACGACUUCGAGCUGCUUAUGAAGAGAAUGGUGGCUUGCCUGAGACCAACCCUUUUGCAAGUGGUGCUAUUCGAAUUUUCCUUCGUGAAGUAAGGGAUUCCCAAGCUAAAGCUCGAGGAAUUCCUUAUAAGAAGAAAAAGAAGAAGAGAAAUCCAUUGAAGAUAGCUCAUGGAGAUAGCUCCAGCUUCUCUAUUCAGCAAUCUUGAUUUCUUUCUGCAGGUCCUAAAAUAAAAGUCUAAGUUUGAACCAGUUUGCUACUACAUCAUCAUGUCAAAGCUCCAUCUUUACUCGAAAUGGCAAUCAUUUUCCUCUUUGGAUCAAGAUAUUGAUCAUUUAAUAGAUAGCUAGAUGCCUAGAUCAGCACUGUGUUCUAGAUGGGGCAAUAUAUAUAUAUAUAUAUAUAUAUAUAUAUAUAAACUGGAGUUGAAGAGGGUAAGUUGCUUUUUUUCUUCUUUUUAUAUAUAUAUAUAUAUAUAUAUCCUUUUCUUUUUCAAGUCAGUUAAUCAGUAUUUUGUAAAAAUGCAGUCAAGUUUGUCCCAUGAAACUAUUCUCCAGGUAUAUGUCUAUUGAUGCAAGUGACUAUGACAAUAUUGCACUUAUUCAACUGUUCCAUUUUUGUUAAUGACUUGGGAUUUCAACAUUUAGCACUAGCUAGGAGGAUAGUACAUUAAAUUAUUGGAUGAAAAAUGAUUGAGUGCUUGGCUCUAUAUAGGAACAUUUAUCAUGUUGAAUAAUCUAGUGUAGAUUACUAAAGGGUAAGGAAAAAAAACAUUUUGUAUGUGCAAAUAUUUAUGAAUAUAAGAUAUCUGUGUAUGUCUGUA